UAUGCAACAUCAGGAUCAUGAAAUAACUUAUAUGACUGGUUAUUCUAUAUUAAAUGAAAAACCAAGCAAAGAAAAACUUAUAGCACCUUGUUCUGCUAGGAAGCGUAAAUUAUUAAACAUAGAAAAUGCAGCGAUGCAACAAAUUGAAGUUUCUCAUGAUCAGUCAUUUGGUGCAAAGAAGUUUGAAACGACUGGCCCUUUGGGUAUCAAUUCAGUUAAUCUUGAGAAUUUGCAAAAUUCUGAUGGCAUCAGCACACAAAAUACUCAAGUUGGUUCAUCAGUACUGCAUAAAUAAAGAUCAAGGAACUUCUCAAGAGAAACAAGCUCAGUUUUUCAAGCAGAAGAACAAAGGUGUUCAGUCCAACCCUGUGCCCAGUGGUAACGAGGAAUCCAGGGGAUCUGCUUUUCUGAUUCAGAACUAUAUUAAAGCAGUCAUGUUUGUUUGUGUUUCUUCUCUGAAACCAAUGAGCUAGAGGCAAUUCUUUGACUCACCAAGUUUUUCGUAUUGCUUUCUUGUUUAAAAUGUCAAUUAAGAAAUUGGUUUUGGAAUUUGG